AUGGCCAAAAAGUUUACGAAAGCCACCCGUGAAUUUUUAACAAUAAAUCCGUCGGAUAUACCGGGACUGGUGAUACUCGACCCGAGACAGUUCAGCAGACGAGUGCUGACCAUUGAUAAUAAGUCAAAGGUUGUCGAAUUGGCCGUAAAGGUUAAGGAGUUUAGUGAAAAAUGGUUUUCYCAUGUCUUGCUGUUGGCUUUCCUAUUGUUAUACGCCUGUAUCGGUGCUUGGAUUUUUGAGUCGGUCGAGGGUGGGUUUGAACAACAACAAAAUGCCGAAAUCCGCAAACUACGCGAACCCGUUACUCAAUUUAAGAAUAAUCUGACCAAACGUUUGUGGAACGAGCGAAUCAAAUACCCGAUGCCCGGCGAUGGCUGGGAAUCCAUGGAAAUGGAUAGUCGAUGGCUGGCAUUCAUGGAGAAACAGUUCCAAUUGUUUGAGACACAGGUAACCUAUACUUGCAAACGGGGUCUCGAUAUGGGUAUAGCAAACGAUGUCGAGACAAACAAAUGGACAUUCAUGGGCGGUAUGUUCUUCAGUAUGACUGUCUUCACCACAAUAGGAUAUGGCGAUAAUCCACCGAAAACCCGUACGGGUCAGGCCAUCACAAUGGUUUACGCUUUUGUAGGCAUUCCUCUACUGUUGAUGGUAUUGGCAGAUAUGGGAAAAAUAUUUACCCGAGGAAUCAAAUUUAUCUUCAAAUACAUACGUCGACUCUAUUACAACAAAAGCCUUCGACCCAUACGCCGAGUUGGCCGCAGUGUCGGUAAUAUGGGUCGUAGGGCUACACUAGCCGGACUACCAUUUGAUAAGUAUAAGAGCUCAGCAGUAAUAGCAUUAAACAAAGGUAUUGCUUAUGUGCCAUAUGUUCAACAAAUUAAAGAAACCAAUAAUAAAACUGAUGACAAACCAAGUAUUCCCGUACGGGGUAUCAAAAAUAGUACGAAAUUUGUUAGUCAUCUCGAAUCAAACCCGAAUGGUGACAGCGAUACCGGCAUAACAAGAGCACCGUUUAUUGUACGCACAAACCCGACGCCACCACAAACAGCGGCAUCUUCACCGCCAAUCACACCAAUACCACCCGAAGGACUGUUCGACUACGACGAUGAUGAAUUCAAUCUACCGAUCUCUUUGGCCAUUAUUAUAUUGAUUAUCUAUCUGUUGAUCGGUGCCAUCAUAUUCUGGUCGAGCGAAAAGUGGUCACUAUUACAUGCCUUUUAUUUUGUCUUUAUUUCGAUGUCCACUAUCGGGUUCGGCGACUUUGUGCCAAGCAAUCAGAAUGUUCUGUUGGCUGCAUUCAUAUACCUAUUUUUCGGGUUGGCGUUGACCUCCAUGUGCAUCAAUGUCGUACAAAUCAAACUGAGCGCUACUUUCCAGAGGGCCAAACUAUURGUGGGCGAGUCUAUCGGUUUGGAUGUACAGGAGAUGCUGAGACAGGAACUGGAGGCCGAAACCAGAGAGAAAGAUAGGACGUCCCGCGAGCCCAGCGCUGAGGUCAGCAAUGCUAGGCUUGAGGUGAGUUCAGGCGAUAAAAAUAAGACGAGAAAAUCGUCCAAAAAUCUGGAAGUUUGA